CCGAUACCGUCGCAUAUCAGGAGAAGUGUUACACAUUUUCGGUUGUCCAAAUGGGAGAGUCACCGAAAGAGAAAAUCAUGCAUAUGCGCGAUGUUGCUCAAAUUGUAAUGUACGCGAAAAAAUUCCAAAGUGCAAUCGAAAAGCCCAAAAUAGUUCUACCGGACCGAGACAAUAUGAGGCUCCAAUUUAUGGCUGCUACGGCCCCAAUUCCUCAAAAGACACGGCCGCCUAAACUGCUUAUACAUCACGUCAGGCCUAAUCCUGUUGAGGAAGUUGAGGAAGAGAUAAGCGAAGUAUCUAGCGAUGUUAGCAUGGAGUUAGCCUAUUAUGAUCGGAAACAAAAGGAUCUGGAGAAAUUUUAUCAGCAGCUUAUUUACGAUUUACCUAAAAGUCCGAAAACGUCGAAACGGAUUGAAGAGCUAGCUAGACCAAAGAGGCAAGAUUUGAUUAGUACCUAUCAUCAAUACCGGAAGGUCUUAGAUCCCCUGGGACGGAAAAAGAGAAUUAAGAGGAGAGUUACGGAGAUGACAGCUAUGACCACUGAGGAAUUAGAGCAAUACCUAAAACAGCAAGAAAACAAAAAGGAAGAUGAGCGAAGGCGUCGCAGGAAGCGUCGAACUAUCUAUAGACAAAUGCUAAAAAAGCUGGAACAACAAUGCCGGGAGAAAUUCCUAGAUGAUGCGUUCGACAAAUUCUCCAAGUAUCUUGCGAAUUGCACUAUUGGUAUGGAAGGUAUUACUGAAAUCUGUCCUGCAAAUGUGCAACGCUUGGUCAAUUGCAUUCAGUACAAUAUUUGUCAAACGUGCAAAGUCACUGCGGAAGAUCAUAAGGUCAAUGGACCACUAUACAAGGGCAUUGCUACUUGCGUAUCUUGGUUAAUAGUGGAAGUUUUAUACAACGCACAAUCAACGAAAGAAGAAGCGGUGUUUCUUGGGAAGGAAGACGUUCCGCAGGAACUUAAAGCACAGUGGGAAGAUACGCCAGAUACAUUGAAGAAACGUGCGAUGAUUGCGGCAAGAAAGAAGCAAGGAGGCGCUAAACAGGCUCUGUAUAGGGGACCUGCUCCAAAAAUGGAAGACCUAUUGAAGUUAAGCAAGUUAAUUGGAUGCCGGUAAAGAAUUGGGAACCUUUUAUUCCAAUUGUAUCUCUUGACAUUUGAU